GAGCGGUUGACGGGAAAAAAGGCACUCAGUGUCUGUUCACACUCACUCACAGAACGCGUCAGUCAGCAGCGACUACAAAAAGCCAUCGACAUGCACACACACAAACACACACACACACACACGUGCACGCUCACAAUGGUCCUCUACAACCGCCGCUCCCCUGCCCCUGCCCCUCCCCCCUCCCUACUCAUCAGUCACAUCCCAUCCCAUUCCAAGGUGUGAAGUCACAUCGAUUCGAUCACAGGAUUCUCGCAUAGUCGUGCUUGUACCCCCCUCCCAGCCCCAUAUCCGUCCCCCGCCCUAUCACCACCGCGUCAGCCUCGUCGAGGCCAAACUCGUCGUCACCCAGCUCAAACCUGUUGGCCUUGCCCACCAAGGACGAGUAUUUGUAGCUGGUCAGCCGGGGACGGACGAACCGCAUCCACACAAACACGCACACGGCCACCACCACCAGCAGCACCACAGCCAGCCCGAAGCCGCCUGACGAGGAAUGGCCAGAUGGGGGGCUCAGCGGGGGAGGCGGGAGGGCGUCUGCUUGGCGGAGAGUGACGUUGCCAAGAGAUGCCUCGGCGUCUUUGGGAAGCCUGCAGCGAUGAAGUCACACAGGCACACGCAACACGCAGGGGUGACCGGCGGGAACGCAACGCAAUGCAUCGAUGUCAUGCGCGAAUCUGGCCUCCUGCGCUUUGUGUGUUGCUUGCUCACUUGGCGAGACUCAUGAUGAGAUACGAGCGAAAGAUGAAAGCUGACGCUAUGCGCGACUGAAUAAAAGGAGCAAUGGCU